AUGCCAUCCACACAGCUUUUUGCUGUUAAUAACAGUGGACGAGUCUUCACUUUACUGACUGAUGGCAAGAAAUGGCAAGAACUUGAGUACUUGGGCAUUGAGUUCAAGAAAGUCAGUGCUCAUGAGUUGGUUGUGUGGGCCCUAGGUGGUGAUCAUCAAAUUUACGUCUAUGUGUAUGGCACUACUGUUCCCAUCCGUGUCUCUGAAGAAGCAUAUGAAAAUCAGGAACCCUUCAUAGACAUCAGUGUUGGAGGUGGUGAGGUGCCAGGAGCUGACCUGGACGCUCUCAUGGUGUGGGGUGUCACUGCUCUCGGCAAGGUUUAUUACGGUUUUAUUUACAACCGUAAAAUGGGGCCUGGACGCAGCGGGGCCGUGUGGGCCGUGGCGUGGGACGGCAGUCUGCUCGUCAGGACGGGACUCUCCAGAGACCAUCCCAGAGGCACGGCUUGGGUGACUGUGGAAAGCCCUAGCGGCUGUCCUCUUCAGAGCGUGGCGGUGGGCGUGCGUGCUGUGUGGGGGUGUGGUCGAGACCACAGCGUGUGGUUCAGAAGGGAUGUGGCUAGCCCACAAUAUGGACCCACAGGAUCGUCCUGGCUUGACAUGGCCGGUCAACGACUGCUCGAUAUCAGCGUGGGCCCUGAAGAUCAGGUGUGGGGCGUGACGAGUGGGGAGUACAACGUGGUGGGUCGGUAUGGUGUGGUGCCCUCAGAACUCACCGGUCAGACCUGGCGUGUUGUAGACCUGCCCGUCGUGGUGUACGAUGCUGAUGCCUCCCGUCACCACCCGCAGGAUGACAGCAGCGAGGAGUCUGAAACACCUGUUGACAUGACGCCGCUUGCAUGCUGCAUUGAAGGCCAAGAUGAAAGCAAUAGUCUAGACAGUCUUCACCGCACCAUGACAGCUGAGCUGUGUGAGCGCUGGGAACCUCAAGAAGAAGCCACUGAAGGAUACCAGGAGGCCGGCGACAUGGACGAGAUGGCGUCUAGUGUUGCGUUGGUCUCUUUAUCCUCAUCGAAUAUUGUCAAGAGUGACGCAACAUUGCCUGCUUCUGAAAAGAACAACGUUUUAAAUUCAAGUGAUGUCGUUGCUUCUUCUGCAGACGCGGUUUCUGAUGAAAUAUUCGAGAGCGCAUCUGAUGGCAGCGGUAGUGAUGAUCCCGAAGAUGAUGUUUACCUGUCGACUAAAGAUCUGCUUGACGGUGCGUGUGCUUCAAAGUCUCUGACCAAACGUAAAAAGAAGACAAAGAACCGAAAGAAAAUAGCGAACGAGACUUCUGCAAAAACAAGUGUCAUCUUAUCCAAACAGACGACUAAUGACACUACUUCUCAAGUGUCAGUGCCGUGCAUCAACAGCUCUGUAUCUAUUAAUCCUACAGUUUCGCCUGCUAAUUGGCACGUAUCUAGAACUUCUCAUGAAAACCCAGUAGAUUCUACCGUUCAAAUGAAUCCGUCCUCGCCGUUACACCUUACACCACAAAGUCGUUCUCGCCACGCUAGUUCCAGUAGCGACAGUUCCCACGCCGCUCUUCGUGAGGCUUCUGCUCUUGGGCUGCGGGACGCAGCGUCAAGUGAAGCAUUCCCGCACCUGGAGGAGCAUCUCUGGCUUGGAGUAUCCGGUGGAGGCUGCUGGGUUUCUCCUGCCCAUUGGCCUGACUGGUUCAGCGGCGGAGGCGAAGGUCUUCACGGGGUUGGUUGGAAGGAGAAUAUCAGCUAUCAGCUCUACCAGCUGAGCUGUCAGCUACAGCCUUUCAGAGGGAAGUACCGUGAGGUGGUGCACAGUGGUAGCUGGACGGUGACGGGCCGGUGCCGUUGGUUGACAGGAGGUCACUGGUACCCGGCAACUCUGUACCUCACCAUCCCUGAUACCUCAUCAGCUUCCCGUGAUCCCGCUCAUCCUAGCGAAGAAGAAGAAGAAGAAGCAGGGAAUGCCGAGGGCGAUGAAACCAACGAUGACACAGAGGCUUCUUCUAAAUCCUCCACCAAAAAUUCUUCCUUUGAACCUGUCUUGGUCGUCGAAUUUUCCAGCAACUACAAGAAGAAAUUUUCCAUAAGCAUGGGAAGUAUCUUGGCUAUGCGUGUACACGUGCUCCCUCCAUCCCGGUGCCUGAUCGCACUGUACUGCACACCACAGCCACACGAGCCUUGCUGCCUGCAGUUCAACAGCGAGCACACGGCCGAGGAAUGGGCAGAUUAUCUCGCCACUGCCAUGUGGCAACUACGACAAACCCUCGUGACGGACCAGAAAAAUGUCACUGAAGACACAAUUAAUCAGAACAAGCUUCCUGAAACUUCAGUCAGCCUCAAAUCUGGAGUGAAUUCAAUGCAUUCCUCCAGCUUGCGCAAAAGUAUGAACUGUGAGACUCUAGAGAAAGGAUCACAAGGAAGACAAAGUAUGUCAUCAGGAGACUCGUUGCGGGUGAAGUGGGCAAAUGACAAGAGGAGUGCUGAACUCAUCCAUAAAGCAAGUGAUCGAACAGUUUGGGCAACCACCGCAGACGGCGCUGUUUACCUGCAUGACUCACUUGCUCAACCUAUUAAGCAAUGCUGCGCUGCAGCAGCCGCGGAGCAUCGCCUGGUGUUGCCCCCGCGUUCGUCAGACACCCUCGUGCUGCCCCUGGCGGGAGGCUUCACUGAAGGCUGCUCCGUUGCUCUCACCUUAACCGUCGAUCCCGACGCUGUCAGAUUCCAUGUGAACUUGGCGGUUUCGUCAGCUGGGUACUGCACGGUGGCAUUACAUGUCAAUCCCAGAAUCUCAAAAAAGGUUGUGGUGCUGAAUAGUUUCGAGUGUGGCGAGUGGCAGGAGGAAGAGCGACACAAGCUGCCUGGUUUCUUGCCGUCGUCUCGCAACACGCUGACCAUCGUGUGCGCUGCUGACACCUACCAGUUGCUGGUGAACGGGCGCAGUUGGCACGCGUUCAAACACCGGAUCGCGGCGUCGAGCGUAACACACGUGCACGUCGGUGGUGACGUUACCGUCACCAGCGCCACCUAUGCGCACGAGAGGCCAUCGUUGUCGCUGGACGAGUGUGUGUGGGAGGCCGUGGGGGGGCACAUGGUGGCCGUCGCUGGAGGUGCUGGAGGCGUCGUGUGGGCGCUGGCCAACGACUGCCACGCCUACGCCUACACCGGCGGCAGGGGCGGGGGCCCAUACAAGACGCUGGGCAGCCUGACAUCACCAGGGCUUGUGCAUCCCAUGAGUGACGUCGUCCACGACUACCUGUGGGAGAACCAGCGGUGGAAUCCUGUCACUGGGUUCAGUGUACGCGGGUUGCCUACGGACAGGCCGACGUGGACGCGCUACAGCCGCCCUGCCGAGCCCCGCACCAGGGAAGAGGUGCGCCUGCCGUCCACACAUUGGGUCUGGAUGAGCGAGUGGGCUGUAGACUACCACCCUCCUGGGGGCUGUGACAGCGAAGGUUGGCAGCACGCCACUGACUUCCCCUUGAGCUUCCACUCACACUGCUACGUCACCGACCUCGUCAGACGACGACGCUGGAAACGCAAACGUCGUCUUGUCACCUCCGGGCCUUGGCAGCAGCUUGGCAGGACCCUUCUUGUGCAUGUGGACAUUGCCUCGCGAGCUGCCAGCGACGGCACGAUACCGGUUUGGGGUGUGAGUCUGAGCGGAGAGAUGCUGUACCGCGCGGGAGUCACGCCACAGUGUCCGGAAGGCACGGCAUGGACCAUGAUUGCCACGGACCACCCCGUGUCUCACGUGUGCGUCGACAUGGGUCCCUGCGUCUCAGGAGAAGACGGCGGGACUCCAGACGACACUUCACCAGCUACUGUGAUACGGGACGGCAAAAAUGAAGGACAUUCUCGUAGUCUCGUGGCUAAUUUGUGUCAAGUCUGGGGUGUGGCAAAGGAUGGCCGUGCUCUUCUCAGGCUUGGUGUGACACCCACCAACCCCAUGGGUAUCCAGUGGGUUGAUGUGGACGCCCCAGGAGUGCCUCUGAAGGCGGUCCAAGUUGGAGCAGGGGCUGUAUGGGGACUCGACCAGCAGGGAAGUCUCUAUCGUCGGGCCAGAACGCAGCCUCUCUUUCCCGAGGGCACAAGCUGGACGUACGUUUGCGGUGGAGUCGAAGAAAUCAGCGUUGCUGCUAAUGGGGAGUUAUGGGCAGUGGUCACUCUUACGCGCGCGGCUGAGGAUAAUGCCAAAGAAAAGACAAGUUCUGGGGCAUCAGGCAAGGGCGUUGGAAUGCUCUGCAGGCGAGUGGGUGUCACUACAGCGACGCCAUUAGGUGACAGCUGGGCGUUUGCUGCAGGCGCAGGCUGGGGCGGCGUCAGUGCUAAAAUGAUGUGUAGUGCGCAGUUCAACAAAGGUUCCGAGGAGACAGAUGAAUUUCUUAAUUAAUUUAUGAAAGCGGGAAUAUUCUUUUAUGCUUUAUCCCAUGCUAACGUUUUCGAGGUUGAAUUUUUAACUUGAGUUUUUACCUGUAAAUUAGAAAGCAUUUUGUGCGGUACAGUUAAGAAGCAUGGGACAAGUUCGUAACUCGCGCGAACGCUUUUUAUACUCUGGACCAUUCAUAAAAUGAACACAUUUACCCAGCUUGACAAUAAAAUGUAUGAUUUUCCGCUGAACCAACGCGAUUAGCAUUUACUCGCCACAACGAACAAAUUAAUCUCCUGCAGCUCACAAAACUAAAUGAAAGUGAAUGACAAACAUUUAUCUUCAAUGUUUGGCCCAAGGAUGAUACCAUUUGGGUUUUACUCCUGAUUAUAGAAUAUGGUUUUAAUUCUGAUUUACCAGUCUGUGUAUAUGCUGCAAAACUAUCACAUUCGCAAUCAAAUCGCUGCUAUAUGAACAAAUUUAGUCUUCAGUUCAUCAGAUUCAGGAGCGGAGUAUCAAGUUUCUGACAAUACUGUAAUUUAUGUUCAUAAUCGAGGCUGUCGCUAGACGCGUAUUAAUGAUGAACUGAUUUCUCUAUGUGUACUCUAGUCUAUCUUUCAUUGCUGCGUCUUGAGUUUGUCAUGCGAUCAAAACACGUAAACCUCCUCGCUCUUAAUACAGCGUAUCAUUAUUGUUCUCAAGAAUUUAGGCAUCCUGCCUCCUAUCGCCCGGAGAUUUUUUGUACUUUUGUUUCAUACUUUUAAACGUAAUGAUUAUUUUUACCAGCUUGUGAUCUUAGUUGUAAUUAUUAAUUGUACAUCCCAAGUUAGUCUUCCCAUGGUCACUAGAGAAACACAUUUUAGUUUUUACGUACCAGUGCGCUGUAGUGCAAUUCAUUUAUGUUCAUUUGAACGAAUCUUUUCCAGCAUAAGAUAAAUUUUAUUCCUUCCUUCAUAUCCUCUGUGCUCAUACAUUCCAUGUAUUACAUAAAGUUUUUGUGUAAUAUGUAUAUAUGUGUGUGAUAGUGAUGUCUUUUCGCAUUCUCUCAUGUACAACUCGCCGGUAAAAUGUUACACUAAUCGUCGAUUUUUACCGUUAAUUCAUUCGACUGUUAAAGGCGAAUCAAGUGUCAGUAUUUUUUUAUUCAUAUGGACUCACGAGUAGGAUUAAUUUCGCGAAUUAUUUUCAAGGCGGACGAGUAUUUGACCUUUGCCGGACAUUUUAUUCUCCUUCCAAACGUCUGGGCAUCUUUAAUUAAUCGUACUACUGCCUCUAUUGAAAAAUGUGAAGUUUCCCUUAGACAUUUUGAAUUAGAUGUGUUAUUGUAUAAUAUAUUAUUAAAGCGGGAUCGCAAGCCUGGUGCUCGAUUUAAUGAUUAAUUCCAUUCUAGACUAUUUUAAAUUCUCAAUAAUGUUUAAUGUGGGAGUAAUUCUACCCAAUUCUUCGAAUUUCUCUUUGGGCACGAGAAUGUCUUGAUAACAUCAUUUGAUAGAACUUUUUUUACUAAUACUUUUUCAAUAUUUUGGGAUUCUAUUUGAUCAAAGCAGCCUCUACUGUUGGUUUUGUUUUAGAACGUGAAAGAUGUGGUGCUCACAGUGUAUUAACUUUUUUCAUUAAUAUAGCUAACUAUAAAGCCAGUGAAUAUAAUUGAGAAUUUAUAGCAUCAAUGGCAACUAAUUUUCUUGCAUUGAAAUAUUAAUGUAUUCACAGAAAUGUUAACUUUAACUGACUGCAUUUUCAAGCAGCAUUUUGUCUCCCUGAAAAUAUUUCAGCGCCGUUCCAACAUUAACCACUGAAACGUAUAACGAUGACGACAAUAACCCGAUUUUGUGUUCAUAUUGACUUAAUUUUUUUCGCGUCCUUAGCUCUCGCCUUCUGCAUUUUAUUGAAGCCAAUAUAAUUUAUCCUCGAUUCAUGCGGGAUUUUGAUAUCAAUUAUUAAUAGUUCACACAUUUUAUACUCAAAUAUGUAGCAUUUUUUAGCAUUAUUACGUUGCUCAUUUGUAUAUACUAUAACCCCAGAAUGUUAUGCUCUUAAUAAUUCCAACUGAAUUUCUUGCGAUAAUAAUACUAAUAAUGCUAACAUUCCGUUUGCAAAGUCAGAUUUAUACUCUCCUGCACUGAUUGAUGCACGACGGCUCUGCUCUCCCUUUACUUUCAGAUCUCCAGCUGGUGAGGAUCUAAUUUCCUGGAAAUUAAUUCUUUGUCCAUUAUUUAUUACCAAAAGUGAAUAGAAACAUACGGAUGUAUCGCCGAGGUGGAAAAAGGUCAGGUUGACGCGAAUACUAUCUUGGUCAAAAACCAACUUUAUUGUUCGAACGCCGCGGUUCUCCUUCUUGAUUCCAUGUCGGAUUACAGCAGCGUAACUUGCCAGUCAUAUUUCUAGUAUGGAUUAGAAUUUAUCAAUUGUAUUGAUGUGUCCGAAAUGUUUGCUAUCCAUGUUUAGUCUAGAAAUGAUGCAUGGGCUAGUGUUAUACAAGAGCUCUCUGUAGCAAGAUAAUUUCUGCUGCAUCCUAGCAAAUAAGAUAUUUAUUUAGUUGGCGAAAAUCUUCUUCCCAUAAUUUCCAUUGCAUGAAGUCAACUUUAAUUAUUUCAUGAUGCAGUGCAUGAUGUAACGGUAUUUAUAAAAUACCGUUAGUAAAUACGGUAUUUAUUCAAUUUUAGGUAAUGUCACUCUGUUGUAAGCAUGAAAACCGUUUUAAAAUCAAUUUCUAGUUUGUAACAACAGUUGUUGCUUAAUGAAAUCAUUUUUAAUACUUGACAAUAGUGUUUACUGACGUACUUGAGCAUACGGAGGCUGUGAUAAACUCAUUAGCUGAUAAAUUGUUUAUAGACCUGAAAUUUAGGACGUGGUUAGUUAAGCCGCAUUAUUUCUGAUCAUGCAAGUCCCGCAUGUAAGAACGUAAUUGCCUUGUUUGUGAAUUACGUCGUGCAAACGAGGAGGUGACCAAUAUGAUGGAUCGUUCAUUGCUGAAGAUGAAUGCCAACAACGUGAGGAGAGUUUCCGUGUAGAUUUAGUAAUUCAGUUUUUAAGGGCGGAAGAUUUGAUCUACUUGUCUAUAAAUCUUGCUUUAGUUUGAGUAUUUUGCAAUCAAUUUCGUCAAAUUGAUGUCAACGAGGUUGAUAGGUGGCCGUUAUUCCUUUAAGACUUGUUAUUCUGCAAAUAUAAGGCUUAAAACAAUACAGAAAAUGAAUCUUUA